CCGCUGCUUCUCUUGUCAAAAUCUUUGCAUCCAGACAAGUUUUACACAAUAUACAGAUUCCAUGCACGCCUUUUUUUAAUUCAAAUUACAAAUAUUAAAAAGUUUUCCUUUCAGGCCCCACAUAUUUCCUUUGUUUUCAACAAAAAAUCUAAUAAGAUUCCAAGUAGUUUGCCGCCAUCCUUAUCUAUCUUUGCCUCUUGCUCUUUUACUCUUUUUCUUUCUUUCCAUCUUUCAUUCAAUUGUUUUCAGAUAAUCACAUACAGUGACACAGAUUAAUGAAAUCAUCACUUCCAAAUUACUGCAGCCUUUUGGUAUUUGAUUCAGAAGAUCGCCGAACAGAAUAUACACCAAUACUUGCUUAUUCAGAAUAGCAAAAAAUUUCAGCUUUAAUCACAAUGAACAGUACCAUUCUGAAUAGAAGGCUGCUCCAAGUAGACCCAUAUGCAGUAGGCAGCACUUACUCACCAAACUCUGCCUCAAGAAAUCCCAAUUCCCAGUCCAUCAAUGGCACCUCCGCCACCAUAAAUAGACCAUUCAGAGCCACCACACCAUUCGACUCCUCCAUGGCCUUGACUGUUCUCGUUCUCCUCGGCGCCCUCUUCUUUAUGGGCUUCUUCUCCGUUUACAUCCGCCGCUUCACCGCCGAGGACCCUUCUUCGUCGUCAUCUUCUUCUUCCUCCUCCGAUGUUCGCCCCAGCAGAAACCCACCUCCGGAACCAAACCACCACAAGGGUCUCGAUCCCUCCACCAUGAAAUCACUCCCUCUUGUGCCCUACGGUGUGGCCGUGAAGCUCCAGAUGAUGAUUGAAGACUGCCCCAUUUGCUUGAGCGAGUUUGAGGAAAGAGAGAUUGUUAAAUUGAUUCCAUACUGUAGGCACGGUUUCCACCCCAGGUGUAUUGACGCCUGGCUGUCCUCGCACGUGACGUGUCCUGUCUGUCGUUCAACUCAACUGUUCGAAAGAAUUGAGGAAGUUUGUCUGGAUGUGCAGCAGGAGAAAAAUAACAUUGGUGUGAGUGAUGGUGGUGAGAGAUUAAUGGUGAUUAAUAAUGAGACGUGUAGAGAUGAAGAUGCUUUGCCGGUAAGAUUAACAAGGACGUGUAGUUGUUCCAGUUUGGCUAACCAAGCGGCGUUGCAGAGAAGCACGAGUUUCUGAUGGUAUCCGUCUUAAUAAUUAAGAUCAACCUUAUUUUAAUAAGAUCAACCUUAUUAAGGGGAGUGAGGAGUGAUCCGUGAUCUAUUUAAAUUGAUCAAUAUUUCGAUAUUUAAUCGAUGUGUGAUUUAUUCUCUUAACAUGUCCUCGCAAAAUGGUGGCUCUUUUUUAGCAGACCAAUCUUGAAA